AUGGCGGUUUCAGUUUCACGGGCUAUGUCCAAAGGCAUAGUGAUGACAGUGCCUGUUCUGGAUGAACUUCGUCCCCUUCAGAUUGCAGUGUCGCGCCUUAACCCGCUAUCCCGCCAUCAUUAUCACCACCAUAGUCCCUUCGAUCUUCUGCCCAACUGUGCCUCUUCCGAUUCCGUGAGCCCAGCAGAUUCUGUCUACACACUCGAGAUGUGUAUGACCGGCUUAGCCAGAGAGAAAGCAUCCGUUUUCUUCAAAGAACAAACAGGUUCAGCUGCCGAGAUGACCGUCAACUCCGGCAUUAGAAAAAUUCUUCCAAAUUCUGAAAUUUGCGACUUUGAUUUUGAACCUUGUGGUUAUCCAAUGAACUCUGUUGAGGGGCCUGUUGUAUCUACAAUUCAUAUUACUCCUGAAGAUGGUUUCAGCUAUGCAAGCUUUGAGAAUGCAGGGUACGAUUUGAAGGCAAUGAAUCUGAACGAAAUGGUGAUGAGGGUGCUAGUUUGUUUCCAACCAACUGAGUUUUCUGUAGUUGUUCAUGUGGACAAUGCAAGUAAGUCAUUUGAGAAGGGGUGGUUUGCUUUUGUUUGUGUUUCUUAUAUUCCCUUCUAA